UCAUUAUAGCGCACCGGGCUUGCGUGCACGAAACGCCAAGUUUCCUUUCUUUUUAGGCAAAAAAAAAAAACCGAAAUCUUUAUAUUUGUUCUUACUUCGCUCUGGAAAAACACGUUAUCUUCUUUUUUCAUCACCAUGCAAAUAAGCGUGUUGUUGUAAGGUAAACCUGGUGUUGCGCAGUUAGUAGCGCAGUCACUUGCUUAAUAUACAGUUGGAAUGCUGUGAAAAGAGUUCCCAUCUUGAGAGGGGCAAUUCGAGGCGAAUUUCGUGUCGCUCGUGUUUCGUGCCAUCACUGCCAUCAGUGCUGAUCGUGCUCUAUCUGUGUUGACAGUUUUUCGUCUUUCAUUUAUCUGCUGCAAUAUUAUUCGAACCACUUCUCGCGCGAAUGCUACAAAUCCUAGAGCAUUGGCAGUAUUGACACGUCUGAAAAGUAGCAUAGUGAAAAACAGUGUCAAAAAACAAACAUCAUGUCGUCGCAAGUAGCGGAUUUCUACAACGAGAAAAAUAUAUUUAUCACUGGUGGCACUGGUUUUGUUGGAGUCAGCUUGGUGGAGAAACUCCUGAGAUGUUGUCCCAAAAUUAAUAACAUUUAUUUAUUAAUACGACCGAAGAAGGGAAAGCAAAUCACAGAAAGACUGGAAGAAUUAACAAAGAAUUCGGUUUUUGAUAGGUUAAGAGAAGAGAAUCAAACAAACCUGUUCAAGAAAUUGAUUGCAAUUCCUGGUGACAUUGGCGAAGACAAUUUAGGUCUGUCCUCAGAAGAUCGAACAACUUUAAUAAAUAAUAUACAAGUUGUUUUUCACUCAGCUGCCACAUUGGACUUUGAAGCUGAUUUGAAAACUACAACAAAUAUUAAUUUGUUGGGAACACGCAGAAUCAUUGAACUCUGUCGGGAAAUUAAAUAUCUCAAAGUGUUGGUGUAUGUCUCUAGCGCAUAUGUCAGUACUAUGUGGCAGAAUGUAGAUGAGAAAGUAUAUCCUGUACCAAUAGAUGCAAAUUCACUUAUAAAAUUGGUGGAUACAUUAGACAUUGCAACUUUAAAUGAGAAAACCCCAGAGAUAUUGAAUGGCCACGGAAAUCCGUAUACUUUAACUAAACACUUGGCUGAACAUGAAAUAGUGAAUGCAGGAUUUCCAGCAACUAUUGUGCGUCCAUCAAUGAUAAUAGGAGCAUGGAAGGAGCCAGUUCCAGGAUGGACAAUAUCAAAAAAUGGUCCACAAGGUUUUUUAAUGGGUGCAAGUAAAGGUAUUGUGAGAAGACUGCCAGUUGCACCUGAUCUGAUUUAUGAUUACAUUCCAAUAGAUAUAGUAGUGAAUAGUCUAAUUGUCUCGGCUUACAAUAUCGAUCGUGAUAGUGAUCAGGGAGUAAAGGUGUAUCACUGCACAUCCAGCACGUGCAAUCCUUUUCGUUGGCAAAACGUAGAAAAGGAUAUAAACACAAUACUACACAAGUAUCCAUUGCAGAAUGCAGUGUGGUAUCCGUACCUCAAGUUUUUACCAUCGAUCUUUUUGUUCAAAAUCUCGGCCAUUUUUGUGCAUUUUAUUCCCGCGUACAUUUUUGAUACAAUUAUAGGGUUAUGCGGUGGCCGUCGAAUUCUUGUUCGUUUACAUACAAACGUCAAUAGCUCGUUAAGUCGCCUUGAAAAAUUUAUCUUUCAAGAAUGGAAGUUCAACAAUCCACGUAUACUCCAGUUGCAUGAAUCAUUGUCGUCCACUGACCAAGAAUUGUUUACGUUAGAUAUUAAAUCGUUAGACUGGAGAGACUUUUUUAUAGGCUUGGCAAGAGGUAUCAGGACGUAUCUACAUAAGGAAUCUCCGAACUCUUUACCAAAAGCACGUUUCAAGAAUAAAAUAUUGCUAUUUGCUAAUCUGGGUGUACAAGCUGCUGUAUUUACGUUGAUCUGGUGGUUGGUUAAGAUAUCCUUGGGUACAACAUGGACAAAAACUGCUAUGGUCGUACCACUAGUAUAUUUGCUUUUCAAUCAAAUAUAAAUGUAACGUAACGUCUACGUACAGCCUCUUCAAUUAUGCAUAUAUUAGAUUAGUAUUGGUCCAUAUUGACUUGUUUUAUACUUGGUCCAUGUAUAGGAUGACACAUGACACUCUCUAUUUUUCGAGAGAUCACUUUUAUUAGACUUUUGUAUGUCGAAGCUCUCAAAAUAAUAAAAACGUUCAAUCACAUUUGAAUUAAUCGAAGAGGCGGGCUUCAAAAAGGCGCACGUGUCAAAGAAACCUACGGUCAAUGUAGCGUUAACGAUGCUUCGAGAAAACGUUCUAUCUUUAUCUACAUUCAAUAAAAAAUAAAAGUAGAAUGAUGUUUCGGAGCAUUUUGUAGCGCAGCGGUCGAAGUAUGGUGCUUCUCCUGUUCUAUAUUUCAAGAAAACCAAUAAGCAUUGUACCAUAUAUUCUUUAACUAUAUAUUUGGUAAAAAUUAACAAUAACAAAAUAAUAAUAUUUGCUAUAUAAAUCUCGUGAUUUAUUUUGUUUUUAAAAAUAUAAUAGAAAAAAAAAACGCUUACGGCUUAAUAAAGUCGGCUGAAAUUUUUUCACGUGAAAUAGGAGAUGUGCCAUAUUUAUUAGCAUUUAAAUAAACAUUUAUUGUUUAUUAAAAAUCUGUUUGGGUAUCUUUUGGAGUUUUUUUACAGGAUUUUUGGGGGUAGUUUGGGUGGUUUUUUACUUGACACUUAUAUGUUUUAAUAUAUAUCAUUCAUUUUAAAUGUUUUGUUAAAUAUUGCUUGCAGUAUUAAAUAUUUGUAUUUUACAUCUUUAUAUGUAUACUUAUUUUGGAUUUAUCACAUAAUAAAAUGCAACUUUGUAUGCAGCUAUAAUCAG